GCUGACAGGUUCCCUCCCUGGCUGCUCAUCCCGCAGGUCCCCUCUCCGACUGCUCUUCCCGCAGGUCCACCUCUCCGGCUGCUCUUCCCGCAGCUCCACCUCUCCGGCUGCUCUUCCCGCAGCUCCACCUCUCCGGCUGCUCUUCCCGCAGGUACACCUCUCCGGCUGCUCUUCCCGCAGGUCCGCCUGUCCGGCUGCUCUCCCCGCAGGUCCUCUCUUCGACUGUUAUUCCCGCAGGUCCCCUCUCCGACUGCUCUUCCCGCAGGUCCGCCUCUCCGACUGCUCUUCCCGCAGGUCCUCUCUCCGACUGUUCUUCCCGCAGGUCCCCUCUCCGACUGCUCUUCUUGCAGGUCCCCUCUCCGACUGUUCUUCCCACAGGUGACGGGGGAGGGUUCGGUUGUGAAACACAAUGAUGGGAUCAACCCUUGAGCUUCUUUCAGAAUGGCCAGAGAAGAUUCCGUUAAAUGCCUGCGCUGCUCGCUUUAUGCUUUGAAUUUCCUUUUCUGGCUGAUGUCAGUCUGUGUUCUGGGUGUGUCUGCAUGGAUGAGAGAUUACCUGAAUAACGUACUUGUGUUAACAACAGAAACCAGGCUGGAAGAAGCAUUCAUUCUGACAUAUUUUCCAGUGAUCCACCCCAUAAUGAUUGCUGUGUGCUGUUUUUUAAUAAUAGUUGGAAUGUUAGGCUGCUGUGGAACAGUAAAGGGAAAUCCAUUGCUCCUUGCCUGGUAUUUUGGUAUCCUGCUGGUCAUAUUCUGUGUGGAACUAGCCUGUGGAGUAUGGAGCUACGAUCAGGAUUAUUUGGUCUCCAUACAAAGGUCUGAUAUGCUUGGCUUGAAAACCAGAAUGUCUCAUUAUGGUAUGGCCAGGUACCAGUGGUUAACCCAUGCCUGGAAUUUCUUUCAGAGAGAGUUCAAGUGUUGUGGAGUGGUAUACUUUACAGAUUGGUUGGAAAUGACAGAAAUGGAGUGGCCUCCUGACUCCUGCUGCAUUAGAGAAUUUCCAGGAUGCGCUAAACAAGCCCACAAUGGGCAUUUUAUUGAAAUUUAUCAAGAGGGCUGCGGACAGAAAAUGUACAAUUUCCUGCGUGGCACAAAACAAUUACAAGUGUUGAGGUUUCUUGGGAUUUCCAUUGGAGUAACACAGCUACUGGCCAUGAUACUCACUAUUACAUUACUUUGGGCCUUAUACUAUGACAAAAAGGAACCAAGGACUGGGCAAAGGAUGGGUCAAAAAAAGCCCAGUUCCCAACACCUUGCCUGUCAUUCAGUAGAACUAAUGAAGUAUGGCCCGAAGAACUGUGAACUAAGGCAGGCAGGUGCAGCUAACAACUUUUGCACACAUUUUGAAAUAGAGGAAUUGUAGCUGGAGCUGAUCAAGUCAGCUGGAUGCUGGAAACAUUGCACAAAAAUUCCUUUUACCUUUGCACACAAAUGUUACUAUAAAAUUUCAGAAGGACUUUUGAAUUCUGUAUUACAGCAUCAUCCCAAACAAGUGGAUAAGAGAGUGAGAAAGAAACUUUUCAAUGAAGGUAACUGGAAAAGGGUUUAUUUUGAUUUUGGCACUUUUCCAUUGUUGCUACAGAAGGCCUGAACUUUCUUGAGUUUCACUCUCCCUUUUGGUUCAUCUUGUCGUCAGUCCUUCAUUGGAAACCUCCUCACGUCUUUGCCUCUGACCUUUAUUUCAGGACCCCCAAAUCAAUUGGUUUCCAGGCACCCACUGGAAACCACUUUAAAACCAAGAAGUACAAAUGGCAGCAAGAGUGCUGAGCAUCUUCCAUCAGUAACACUGAUCAAUGUAAAAGUGCCUUAAUUAAAUAUAUUUUUUGCAGAUGUUAUUGUAGAAUACUGAAGUUAUUGUGAUUGUUCAAGAGCUUUGGGUUGGCAAUAAUCUUUGCCAGAAAAGGUUCAUUGCUGUACUAUGAGAAUUUUCCAGAAAUAUAGAAUUGAUCAAAGCCAUUAACUUAAAUUUGUUUACAUUCUGCGUUAACCAGACAUUGGUGUGAUUAUUUUAAUUGAUGUACUGUUUUGUGUUAUUCACUGGUUUGUAGAGUAAUUGUCUUUUAGAAUAUUGGUCUUUGGAAUUAGCUUCCUUUGAAUCUUUCUUGUUGCAAAUCCCUAUCUUUCUCCUAUUAAAACUAUUGGUGUA